UAUGUAACUCUACUUUGCAUAAAUAAAAGCUUAUUAUCCCGAAAACUCCAAAAUAAAUUUAAGAAAGAUGGAGAAGCUCGUUCUAACCCUAACGCUAAUUAUAUGCUUAUCAUCAGUGUUUCCGCUGCAGUUGGAAACCCAUUUAGUCUCCGGGGCAAAGAAGAUCACGCGCCUCUAUUUCUACCUCCAUGACGUCAUCGGCGGCGACAGACCAACCGUCUGGGGCGUGGCGGACUGCAACCUAACCGACGUUCUGCCGUCGGCGUUUGGGAAACUAGUAGUUUUGGAUAAUCUCGUCACGUAUGGGCCCGAGCUAGACUCCGGGGAGGUGGGGCGGCUGCAGGGCACCGUGGGGCUGGCCGAUCUCCGCGAGAAGGCUCUCGUCAUGCUCCUCAACCUCGUGUUCACCAAGGGCGAGUUCGAGGGCAGCACGCUCAGCAUUCUCGGCCGGAAUCCGUUGGGCGCUGAGUCGAGGGAGGUUUCCAUCGUGGCCGGCACUGGCGUCUUUAGGAUGGCCGCGGGCUAUAUUAUCACUAGCACUUAUUAUAAUGACCCCGCUGGGGUUCGUAAUGUGUACGAGUACAGUGCGGUUGUGUAUCAUAUGGAUCCCAACGUCGUGUCGUUGCGCCGCUGAAAGAAAUUAUUGAUCUAA